AUGUCGAUAAAUCGUGUAAAAUUGAAGCAUUUUUAUUGCGAACAUUUUGAGGAUGAUAUAGGUGCAUCAAGCACAACAGAAGAGAAAAAAAAAGACAUGAAAAGGAAAAAAAAAAAUAUCAAAAAAGAAGCAAAUAAUUCAAGAAAGAAUAGAAUACUCGUAUUAUCCAAAGGAUUGAACAUAAAAAAUGUAAGUAAACUGAAUGAUUCUAUCCAAUCAAAUGACGAAACAACAGUAAGGACAAGGAAUAGGCUACGAAAAAAAAUAAUAACAGAUAGCAGUUGUGAUGAAGAAAAUAGAAAACGUGAUACGUUUGAGGAUUACGGUGUACGUGAUAACAGUAAUGAAAAUACAAAGAAGAAAUUUACAUGUUUCAGACAGCAAAAUAAGUGUGAGGAACCAUGUGUAGACACCAAAGUGAGGAGAAAUUCUGGACGAAACAAGGUAAUUGAUACUACAGAUGAAAGCAAAAACAGUGAUGAAUUAAGUACUUCGGAAGUUGGAGAGGUCUUUCCCCCUGCAGAGAAUAGAAAGCAAGGGACUGUGUUAAGCAUUUGCUCACGUAUGAGCAGGGGUGAAGAAGCGAUAAGGAAAUCCCCAAUUGGUAAGAGCGACGAUUAUGAAGAUAGUACAGACAAUGGUAAUGCAGGUGGGAAAGGUAUAUACUGUGAGAGGAAUGGAAAAAAGAAUGAAAUGGAAGAAGAAGGAGUUACUAAUAAAUUGCAAAUGGAGUGUGACCUGAGCGUGGAAAGAAACAAAAGUAAACAGAGUGAACACACAAAUGACAAAGUGUAUUCUAGCCUUUUUAGCGAAAAUGAUUCGGAGGAAACUUCCGUUCAAGAAAAUCAACGCGAUGAUUGCGUGUUCAGUAUUGACGAUGCAGAGGAUGAGGGAAAUGAUGAAAGUAUGAGUUAUGGCAAAGUAAACAAAAAGAAAGAGAGGAAUAAAAAAAAUGGCGUGUCUAAAAUUAAGAAAAAAUGUAGUAAAAAUUCUGGUGCACACAGUUUAGAAAACUCUUAUAAUGAAAAUUCGUGCGAUAAUUAUGACCAUUCAAGUUUUUACGUAAAUGAUUAUGGGAAUUCAGCUGGUGAGACAAAUUUAUCAUACGAAAGUGGAAAUGAAAAUUACAACCAAUUUGACGAGUAUGCUUUGCAUUUGAAAAUAUUUAAUGAACAAAAUUUUGGUAAUGAUAUGUUUCAAUUUAAUUCUAUAAGCGUUAAAAAAUCCAUUAGAUUGUACAUUGAAUUUACUGCUCUGUCUCUUUUAUCCCCCAGUUUAAAAUAUGAUGCAAAUUAUUUCAAAGCUUCAGAAAGUGUACAGAAUAUCGAACAGUCUCUUAAGGUAAAAUAUUCAAGUAUUCACAAAGAAUUUGAUAAAAAAAAUUCGCUUGAGGAGUACUACAAUAACUCAGAUGAAUCUGUAAGAGUACGCAAGAAAAAAGAGAAAAAAAAAAAAAAUUUGAAAAAAUUGUGCCAUCUUGUCAAUGAUAGUGAAGUUAGUUAUGAGAAAAACAACAGAUAUAAUAAAAAAUGGGACUCGAAUAAAUAUUCCGUAAUUAGUGAUGAGAAAAGGAAAAAGGAAAAGAAAAAAAAAUACAUUCUUACUGAUAGCAGUAGUACUACUACUCAGACAUCCGAUGUGAAAGCCUCAAGUGCUAUGAGUGCAGAUGAUCAACGGGAUGUCCAUUCGAAGAGGAAAUUUUCCGAAAAUCCCAGUAGCGCGGGGGAUGUUGAAAAGGAGAAACAAGGAGGGAGAGAAGGAGAUGAGGAUGAAGAAGAGGGAGAAGAAGAAGAAGACGAAGAAGAGGAAGAAGAAGACGAAGAAGAGGAAGAAGAAGAUGAAGAAGAGGAAGAAGAAGAUGAAGAAGAGGAAGACGAAGAAGACGAUGAAGACGAAGAAGAAGACGAAUAUGAAGAUGACGAUGACAUGAUCGUUUGCGAUAAAGAGGGGAAGGGGAAGAAGAAAAGAUCCUCCAAACAAGUGAAGGAUAGUGUAAUGUACAAGCUUCUAAACAGAGACAUGGUAAAAAUAUACGAGUUUGUAAAGAAGGAAGAGAAUUUUAGUAAUUACGAUUUUUUAAAAAUGAUUUGUAAAAUUAGUAAAAACAAACCAAGUAAUUACUAUGAUCGAUGUGUUCAGAAGAUAGAAAAAAAAAUUUUGUCCAAGAGAGAUCAAUUUGAAUCUCAUCCAUUCGAAACAAAUUUUAAAAACAUUUUAAAGAAUUAUGCAAAUAUAUUUAUAUAUUAUUUGGAGUAUAACAAAAAUCAUUGUUGUUGUUGCAAUAGAAAAUUAAGUUAUGCUUGUCCAGUUUUUUUCAUUAAACCCUUUUACAAUUCAUCUGAUUUAUGGAAUAAUAGUUUUUUCAAUUUUAUGAAAGUAAAUCAUUUUGAGUGGCUGGGAAAAGAAAAUUUUCCUAUUUUUAAAAAUCCACUUGAAAAAUGGAAUAAGAGAAAUGAAGAUGAACGUAAAAUGAAAAACAUUAAGCAAUCAAAUAAAUUGUUCAUAAGAACUCAAAAUGAAAAGAAGAGAAAAAAUAUGCUUCGGCAUUCUAACAAGAAUCAUGUAGAUAAUCAUUCAAUUGUAAUGAAUGAAGAAUAUAUUGUUAAUUACUUAAAACAAAAUGAAGAAAUGAACACCUUUCGAUAUAUAGGAAAUAUAGAUGAAAAGCGAUUAAAAAGAAAGAAAAAAGGUUUUAAAUUUAAUAAUUUUGAAUGUCAUGUUAAGUCUAAUGAAUGUAAAGAAAGUAAUUUGAAUAGUAUUAUGAAAAAUAUAUGUGAACAUUUUUCUAAUUUAUCAGAAAAUUAUAUAGAAAAAGACAUUUUAGUUUUGCAUCUUGGUUCCUAUUGCGUUUCUACAGUGUACUACUGGCAUGUGUUUCAUCAUUAUAAAUUUUUUUUUACAAAAUUUAUUUAUUUGCGCUUGCUAGACCUUCACAAGAAGAGCAAAUACUUGUUUCGAGAACCUCUGUUACUGGCUUAUGUCUUAUCCAAAAAAUUAAACAAUGACUUGUAUCGCGAUUUCAAAAUUCUCAUGAACAUUGACAUUUCGCAAAUUCAGCAUAAGUUAAAUGAGUGUGACUUGUUUGUCAGGUGA